CAAAAUGGCGGCGCCCGCCCAGCGCCGCCCAGCGGCCCCCUGCCCGCCGCUCCCGCCGCUCCGCUCCCGCCCGAGCGGCUCCGCGGCCUGAGGAGAGGCCCCUCUCCUGCCCUGCGGCCCUCGCCAUGACCGAGCAGGAGAAAGCAGAGUGGGAAAACCUAAACAGGAUAUUAAUGCGUCAUGGGUUGAAACCUGUGAGUCUUGCUGCCCCCCAAAGCUGCAGAGAUACAUCAGAUAUGAUUGUCCUAGACCAUCAAUCUUCUCAAGGAAUAAGACUUGCAUUAAAAACGCUGGUGGAAGACAUUGAGCGACAGCAGAAGGUGAUGCAGGGACUUAUGGAGGCAAAUCGAUGUCUUAGAGAUGUGGUACGACUGGAACAAAGUCGGGCAUCUCGGCAAGAGCAACGGGCUAAUGAUUUGGAAAAUGUGGUGAAAAACAUUAAGGCCAAAAUUUGUCAGCUGGAAGAUGAAACAAUAGCUAAAGCAUGCCAGCAACAGAACCAAGUCAAAGAACUUCAAAAAGAGCAACAGGCUUCACGGGUAAAAUCCCAACAGCAGCAGGAAAAGCUGCAAGAACAAGAAGCGAUCAUUGCCCACUUGCAGAAGGAGCUGAGCAGAGUUGGGAGGGAGGAGCAGCAGCGAGCAGACACUCAGAACAAAAUGUUUUGUCAGUUUUGCAAAAGAGCUCCCAAGUCUAUCCUGGAUCAGCGGUACCUUUGUCUAAUUGACUAUUAUGAAUCUCAAAUUAGUCAGAUUAAAAAGGAGCUGAGGCAAUAUAAAAAAGAUGAAGACGAGGUGCAAAGAGAAGUAAAAACCAAGGAAGAGUUUUUAAAUCUAGAUGCUACUCCUAAUUACAAAGCACUACUCAUGUCUUUCCAGAAGCAGCUUACUGAAACAAAAGCCAAGAAUGAACAGCUUUUGCUUGAAAAUAUAAAUCUCAAGAAAAAUUUGGAAAUCAGCAGGCCAGCUGCACAGGAAUUAAAAUUUUACAAGCACCAAGUGAAGAAACUACAGAAAGCUUUGAAGAAAACUGCCCAAUUUUCAGGGACCAAGACUGAAGAAAAAAAAGAAGAAAAGAAAGAUUCUGGGAGGGUUGCAAGAGUGGAUCAGCUGCAGGCAGUUUGCCAGCAAUACUUGCAGGUUUUGUCCCACAUUGAUUCUAUUUUGCAAAGCCCAAGAGCUCCUCCAUUAAUAUUCCGGCCCUGCAAAGGGCCAGUGCAAAAUGAUAUUGAAGAGAACGGACAGGGAUGUGGAUAUGAGCACCUUCCACUCACUGUAGAAAUGUGGGCAGAUCAGCUCAUGGCCCUAAAGGAUUUGCAUAGGUCCUUGAGAAAACUAUCUCUGGAAUUGCUGCCUUGGCACACUAAAGAUCCACAAGAUAACAGAGAAUCCAUACGAGUUGAAGACCUCCAGUUGAUAGUAGAUGCAAUUUUGGAAGAAUUAGAACAUAAGGAAAAGAACAGCCAGACACCGUCCUUGCAAACCCUGUCUGCCAUAGUCUCUCACUUCCAGAAGUUGUUUGAUGUGAAUUCUCUGAAUGGUGUUUAUCCACGGAUGAAUGAGGUGUACAUAAAGCUGGGGGAAAUGACCAACGCCAUGAGGAACCUCCAAGAGCUCCUGGAACUAGACAGUUCAGCUCCACCCACUGUGGUAGUGAAUACUGUUGGGAAACUGUGUGACAUCAUUAAUAAGAACGUGACUGAGCAGGUACAGCAGCUUCUGGGCACCCAAGACAUCCACAGUAUCAUCAGUAAGCUUGAAGAACAUGAAUGCUUCUUUCCACCCUUCCAAGCUCUCAUACAAGAUUUGCUGUGUCUUCUAGAGAUCAGUAACGUGGAUGACAUUUUACCUGCAGUGCAAAACCUGAAAUGGGGAGCUGGUUAUGGGUGACUCUGCUCUUCCUGAGAUUUCUCUUACCUGUGAAUGCGCCUGUUGGUGCACAUGACAUUGCAGCUACCUCCUAAGCAACAAUUCCAGAUUUUUUUUACUUAAAUAAAAGUUGCUGCAUUUUUAA